AUGGCCACCUCGCUCUCCCAGGAAGAACAGGACGCCAUCAUCUACGACGCCAGAGAGGGCGAUCUCGACUACCUCCGCGAGGUCUUCUCGCAGAUCAUCCCCGGCUCGUUUCUUCCGUCCAUCCGCGACGAAAUCACCUUGAGCACGCCCGUGCACAUGGCCGCGGCCAACGGGCACCUUGCCGUCGUGCAAUACUUGCUCUCGUUGGUCCCCCACGCCCAGGCCGUGGACUUGGCCAACGCCAAGAACGACACCGGCAACACGCCGCUCCACUGGGCCGCGUACAACGGCCACUUGGACAUCGUCAAGUUGCUCGUGCAAAAGUACGCCGCAGACGUCUACGCGAAGAACCUGGCCAGCCACGACGCGCUCUUCGAGGCAGAGAGGAACGGCCAGACCGCAGUGGAAAACUGGAUCUUGCGCGAGUUCGCCCCGGAGGAGACCAUUCAGGUCGACGACCUGGGCCCAGAUACCAAAAUCACCUACACCCCGGGCCUCGAGUCGCACGACAUCGACAGGCAGGCUGCGGCCGCGCUCGAAGCUGCCCAGAAGGUCGCCGACGUCGAGAAGCUGACCAAGAACUUGCUGCUUUAG